AUCAGAGUCUCAACUUCAAAUGAACUGUCAGUGAACUGAAUAAGCUGAAAUGCAGAAAAUAUUCUCUCUGUACCUGCAGAAGAGGCUACUGCUGUCCAAAGCUGGUUUAGCAUUUCAGCAACCUCUGGUUCCAGGAUGUACAUUUUGAAGAUGAAAAAGGAUAACUUAUGGUUUUACAGAAUAUAAAGAAAUACUGUCUGACAUGAUGGCAAAAAAUAUUGGUGUAACUUCCACAUAUGGAGACCUGAAAGGAUUUAUAGAUCAGAACCGGAGUCCAUCAAAAGGUAACAUUUCAGUAAUUGCAUUACCAGUUUCCAGCACCAAUUCCCCAGCUAAGAUUUUGCCGAAAACCUUAGGACCAAUAAAUGUGAAUGUUGGACCCCAAAUGAUCAUAAGCACACCACAAAGACUGACCAAUUCAGGGAGCGUUCUGAUUGGGAGUCCAUACACCCCAGCGCCAGCAAUGGUCACUCAGACGCACAUAACAGAAGCCACUGGCUGGAUUCCAGGGGACCGAAAACGGGCUCGGGAAUUUAUAGAAUCAGAUUUUUCAGAAAGUAAAAGAAGCAAAAAAGGAGAUAAAAAUGGAAAGGGUCUGAGGCAUUUUUCAAUGAAAGUAUGUGAAAAAGUCCAGCGUAAAGGAACAACGUCCUACAAUGAAGUAGCUGAUGAAUUGGUAUCAGAAUUCACAAAUUCUAAUAGCCACUUGGCUACAGAUUCGCAGGCUUAUGAUCAGAAGAAUAUUAGGCGGAGAGUUUAUGAUGCCCUCAAUGUGCUGAUGGCAAUGAACAUCAUUUCAAAAGAGAAAAAGGAAAUCAGAUGGAUUGGCCUUCCUACAAACUCAGCUCAAGAAUGUCAAAACCUAGAGAUAGAGAAACAGAGACGACUAGAACGAAUAAAGCAGAAGAGAGCCCAGCUGCAAGAGCUACUAUUGCAGCAAAUAGCAUUCAAAAAUUUGGUACAAAGAAAUCAGCAAAAUGAACAACAGAAUCAAGGUCCUCCAGCUUUGAACUCUACAAUACAGCUCCCUUUCCUAAUAGUUAACACUAGCAAAAGAACUGUUAUAGACUGCAGCAUAUCAAGUGAUAAAUUUGAAUACCUCUUUAAUUUUGAUAACACGUUUGAGAUUCAUGAUGACAUUGAGGUGCUGAAGCGAAUGGGAAUGUCCUUUGGGCUAGAGGCAGGCAAAUGCUCAGCAGAGGAUCUAAGAACUGCAAAAUCAUUGGUGCCAAAAGCUUUAGAAAGCUAUGUCACAGAUAUGGCUACAGGACGUCCAUGGUUGAACCAGGGGUUACUUUUAAAUUCAGCUCAUUCAGUUUCAACUUUAGAAACAGCUGGCGGUACCUCUAUUUCUAAAUCAAGUGGAAAUCCAGGAUUGUGUCUAGAUGCUGAAGUGGCCUUAGCAACUGGGCAGUUCCUUGCCCCCGGUAGUCAACAGUCCAGCAGUGCAACAUCACGUUAUUCGGAGUCACGAGGAGAAACCCCAUGCUCAUUCAAUGAUGAAGAUGAUGACGACGAUGAUGAUUCCUCUUCCCCAGAAUGACGACAGCGGAAAAUAGAAUAUACAAGAUGCUGCUUUUAUGUGUUUUUAGUAUGAGCUCCUGGUUUUCAUGAUGUAACUUCAGUUUCUUGCCUUUGUUUGCACUGUGUUCAGUUAAACUAAAUGGAAACUUGCACGCAUACACACACAAGAAGCACCCAAAGUUAAGAGACAGAUUGAAAACUUUUUAUAACUGAACACAGCGUGGUAUACUGCCACAGAGCAAACAGAGUGUUUCAGCUGCAACCAAGGAAAAAGCAAAAUCCCUGAAGAUUUAGCAGACUAAUUGCUAAGUGCACAAGUUUAUUUUUCAUAACUUGGGACAUUGCUUCUCCAGUUUCUCUCUUCCCCCUCAUUUAUCCCACUCAGAAUGGAGAUGACUAUAGUGUUGACCAACAGAUGCUGAUUCUUACAUUGUCUUUAGGCUUUGCUACCUUUU